AUGGGCUUCACCAGACAGAUACAGCUUCUGCUCUGGAAGAACUGGACCCUGCGGAAAAGGCAAAAGAUUCGCUUUAUUGUGGAACUUUUGUGGCCUUUAUCUUUAUUUCUGGUCUUGAUCUGGUUAAGGAAUGCCAACCCGCUCUACAGCCAACACGAAUGCCAUUUUCCCAACAAGGCGAUGCCCUCAGCAGGAAUGUUGCCGUGGCUCCAGGGGAUUUUCUGCAAUGUGAACAAUCCUUGUUUUCAGAACCCCACCCCAGGAGAAUCUCCUGGAAUUGUGUCAAACUAUAACAACUCCAUUUUGGCAAGAGUGUAUCGAGAUUUUCAAGAAAUCCUUAUGAAUGCACCAGAGAGCCAGCACCUUGGUCAGGUUUGGACAGAGCUUCGUACCUUGUCCCAAUUCAUGGACACGCUCCGGACUCACCCUGAGAGAAUUGGAGGAAGAGGAGUACGAAUUCGGGAUGUGCUAAAGGAUGAAGAAACACUGACGCUGUUUCUCAUAAAAAACAUUGGCCUGUCUGAUUCAGUUGUGUACCUCCUGAUCAACUCCCAAGUCCGUCCAGAGCAGUUUGCUCACGGAGUCCCAGAUUUGGUGCUGAAGGACAUUGCCUGCAGCAAGGCUCUCCUGGAGCGCUUCAUCAUCUUCAGCCAGCGUCGUGGGGCGCAGACGGUGCGUGAUGCCCUGUGUUCCCUGUCCCAGGGAACCCUACAGUGGAUGGAAGACACUCUGUAUGCCAACGUGGACUUCUUCAAGCUCUUCCGCGUGCUUCCCACGCUCCUAGACAGCAGUUCUCAAGGUAUCGAUCUGAGAUCCUGGGGAAGAAUAUUAUCUGAUAUGUCUCCAAGAAUUCAAGAGUUUGUCCUUCGUCCGAGUGUUCAAAACUUGCUGUGGGUGACCAGGCCCCUCAUGCAGAAUGGCGGCCCACAGACUUUCACACAACUGAUGGGCAUCCUGUCUGACCUCCUGUGUGGCUAUCCAGAGGGAGGAGGUUCUCGAGUGUUCUCUUUCAACUGGUAUGAAGACAACAAUUACAAGGCCUUCCUGGGGAUUGACUCCACAAGGAAAGAUCCUGUCUUUUCUUAUGACAAAAGAACAACUUCCUUUUGUAAUGCAUUGAUCCAGAGCCUGGAGUCAAACCCCUUAACCAAAAUAGUCUGGAGGACAGCAAAGCCUUUGCUGAUGGGAAAAAUCCUCUUUACUCCUGAUUCCCAGUUGGCUCGCAGAAUACUGAAGAACGCCAACUCAACUUUUGAAGAACUAGAGCGUGUUUGGAAGUUGGUCAAGGCCUGGGAAGAAGUAGGGCCCCAGAUCUGGUACUUCUUUGACAAGAGCACACAGAUGACCAUGAUCAGAGACAUCCUGGAGAACCCAACAGUAAAAGAUUUUUUGAAUAGGCAGCUCAGUGAAGAAGGUAUUACUGCAGAAGCCGUGCUGAACUUCCUCUAUAAGGGUCCUCCGGAGAGCAGGGCUGACAACAUGGCAAAUUUCGACUGGAGGGACAUAUUUAAUGUCACUGAUCGUACCCUACGCCUGGUUAAUCAAUACCUGGAGUGCUUGACCCUGGAUAAGUUUGAAAGCUACGAUGAUGAAACCCAACUCACCCAACGAGCCCUGUCUCUGCUGGAGGAAAACAGGUUCUGGGCCGGCGUGGUGUUCCCUGACAUGUAUCCCUGGACCAGCUCCUUACCACCCCACGUGAAGUACAAGAUCCGCAUGGACAUAGAUGUGGUGGAGAAAACCAAUAAGAUCAAAGACAGGUACUGGGAUUCUGGUCCCAGAGCUGAUCCUGUGGAAGAUUUCCGUUAUAUCUGGGGAGGGUUUGCCUAUCUGCAGGACAUGAUUGAACAGGGGAUCACCAGGAGUCAGGCCCAGGCUGAAGUUCCGUUUGGAAUCUAUCUCCAGCAGAUGCCUUACCCCUGUUUCGUGGAUGACUCCUUUAUGAUCAUCCUGAAUCGCUGUUUCCCUGUCUUCAUGGUGUUGGCCUGGAUCUACUCUGUCUCCAUGACUGUAAAGAGCAUCGUCUUGGAGAAGGAGUUGAGAUUGAAGGAAACUUUAAAAAAUCAGGGUGUCUCCAAUGCAGUAAUUUGGUGUACCUGGUUCCUGGACAGCUUCUCUAUCAUGUCAAUGAGCAUCUUCCUCCUGACAAUGUUCAUCAUGCAUGGAAGAAUCUUACAUUACAGCAACCCACUCAUCCUCUUCCUGUUCCUGCUGGUGUUCUCCGCCGCCACGAUCAUGCAGUGCUUCCUGCUCAGCACACUCUUCUCCAGGGCCAGCCUGGCAGCAGCCUGCAGUGGCGUCAUCUACUUCACCCUCUAUCUGCCACACAUCCUCUGCUUCGCCUGGCAAGACCAGAUGACGGCCGAGCUGAAGUUAGCUGUGAGCCUGCUGUCUCCUGUGGCAUUCGGGUUUGGCACUGAGUACCUGGUUCGCUUUGAAGAGCAAGGCCUGGGGCUGCAGUGGAGCAACAUCGGCAACAGUCCCGUGGAAGGCGAUGAGUUCAGUUUCCUCCUGUCCAUGAAGAUGAUGCUCUUCGAUGCUGCUCUGUAUGGCCUGUUUGCCUGGUACCUUGACCAGGUGUUUCCAGGGGAUUAUGGAACCCCACUUCCCUGGUACUUCCUUCUGCAAGAGUCCUACUGGCUGGGUGGUGAAGGGUGUUCAACCAGAGAAGAAAGGGCCCUGGAAAAGACUGAGCCCCUAACGGAGGAAACAGAGGAUCCGGAACACCCAGAAGGAAUAAAUGAAUCCUUCUUUGAACGUGAGCUUCCAGGGUUGGUUCCUGGGGUAUGCGUGAAGAAUCUGGUAAAGAUUUUUGAGCCCUGUGGCAAGCCAGCCGUGGACUGUCUUAGCAUUACCUUCUAUGAGAACCAGAUCACUGCCUUCCUUGGUCACAAUGGAGCGGGGAAAACCACCACCUUGUCCAUCUUGACAGGUCUCUUGCCACCAACGUCGGGGACUGUGCUCAUUGGGGGAAAGGACAUUGAAACCAGCCUGGAUGCGGUGCGGCAGAGCCUUGGCAUGUGUCCACAGCACAACAUCCUGUUCCACCACCUCACGGUUGCUGAACACAUCCUGUUCUAUGCCCAGCUGAAAGGGAAGUCCUGGGAGGAGUCCCAGCUGGAGAUGGAAGCCAUGUUAGAGGACACAGGCCUCCACCACAAAAGGAAUGAAGAAGCGCAGGAUCUAUCAGGCGGCAUGCAGAGGAAGCUGUCUGUUGCCAUUGCCUUUGUGGGUGAUUCCAAGGUGGUCAUUCUGGAUGAGCCAACCUCUGGGGUGGAUCCCUACUCAAGACGCUCAAUCUGGGACCUGCUCCUGAAGUAUCGCUCAGGCAGAACCAUCAUUAUGUCCACACACCACAUGGACGAGGCAGACCUCCUCGGGGACCGCAUUGCCAUCAUUUCCCAAGGGAGACUCUACUGCUCGGGCACCCCGCUCUUCCUGAAGAACUGCUUUGGCACAGGCUUCUACCUCACCUUGGUGCGCAAGAUGAAGAACAUCCAGAGCCGAACAAGAGGCGAUAAGGGGACCUGCAGCUGUGUGUCCAAGGGCUCCUCCAGCCGCUGUCCAGCCUGCGUUGAUGAGCUAACUCCAGAGCAAGUCCUGGACGGCGAUGUGAAUGAGCUGAUGAAACUGGUUCACCACCAUGUUCCAGAGGCAGAGCUGGUGGAAUGCAUUGGUCAAGAACUUAUCUUCCUUCUUCCCAACAAGAAUUUCAAGCAGAGAGCAUAUGCCAGCCUUUUCAGGGAGCUGGAGGAGACGCUGGCUGACCUGGGGCUCAGCAGCUUUGGAAUUUCGGACACUCCCCUGGAAGAGAUUUUUCUGAAGGUUACAGAGGAUUCUGACUCAGGACCUUUGUUUGUAGGUGGCACUCAGCAGAAAGGAGAAAACGUCAGUCUCCGACACCCUUGUUUGGGUCCCAGGGAGAAGGCCAGACAGGUUCCCCAGGACUCCCGCAGCUGCCCCAGAGAGGACCAGUGUCAUGCAGAGUCAGAGAACCACAGUGCCCCACUUAACACCGGAGCGCGCCUCGUGCUCCAGCACAUGCAGGCCCUGCUGGUCAAGCGGUUCCAUCAUGCCACGAGGAGCCACAAGGACUUCCUGGCGCAGAUUGUUCUUCCAGCCACUUUUGUGUUAUUGGCUCUGAUGCUUUCCAUCAUCGUCCCUCCUUUUGGUGAAUACCCCGCUUUGACCCUUCACCCCUGGAUGUACGGGCAGCAGUACACCUUCUUCAGCAUGGAUGAGCCUGGCAGUGAGCGGCUCGCGGUCCUUGCAGACGUCCUUCUGAACAAGCCAGGCUUUGGCAACCGCUGCCUGAAGGAAGGGUGGCUCCCGGAGUAUCCCUGCGGCAAUUCAACCCCCUGGCGGGCCCCCUCUGUGUCUCCGAACGUCUCCCAUCUGCUUCAGAACCAGAAAUGGACACCAGACGACCCCUCACCUUCCUGCAAGUGCAGCACCAGAGAGAAGCUCACCAUGCUCCCCGAAUGCCCAGAGGGUGCUGGGGGGCUUCCUCCCCCUCAGAGAACACAGCGCAGCACUGAAAUUCUCCAAGACCUCACCAAUAGAAACAUCUCUGACUUCUUGGUAAAGACGUAUCCUGCUCUUAUAAGAAGCAGCUUAAAGAGCAAGUUCUGGGUCAACGAACAGAGGUAUGGAGGAAUUUCCAUUGGGGGAAAGCUUCCUGUUCUCCCCAUCACUGGGGAAGCACUUGUUGGGUUUUUAAGUGACCUUGGCCGGAUAAUGAAUGUGAGCGGGGGCCCUAUCACCAGAGAGGCCGCUAAAGAAAUGUCUGAAUUCCUUAAGCUUCUAGAAACUGAAGACAACAUUAAGGUGUGGUUUAACAACAAAGGCUGGCACGCGAUGGUCAGCUUUCUCAAUGUGGCCCACAACGCCAUCUUACGAAGCAGCCUGACUGAGGACAAGAAUCCUGAGGAGUAUGGAAUCACUGUCAUAAGUCAACCCCUGAACCUGACCAAAGAGCAGCUCUCAGAGAUUACGGUUCUGACCACUUCGGUGGAUGCCGUGGUUGCCAUCUGUGUGAUUUUUGCCAUGUCCUUCGUCCCAGCCAGCUUUGUCCUUUAUUUGAUCCAGGAGAGGGUGAACAAAGCCAAGCACCUCCAGUUUGUCAGUGGGGUGAGUCCCACCACCUACUGGCUGACCAACUUCCUCUGGGACAUCAUGAAUUAUGCUGUGAGUGCUGGCCUAGUGGUGGGCAUCUUCAUCGGGUUUCAGAAGAAAGCAUACACUUCUCCAAGCAAUCUACCUGCCCUCAUUGCACUGCUCAUGCUGUAUGGGUGGGCAGUCAUUCCCAUGAUGUACCCAGCAUCCUUCCUGUUUGAUGUCCCCAGCACAGCCUACGUGGCCUUGUCUUGUGCUAAUCUGUUUAUUGGCAUCAACAGCAGUGCAAUCACCUUCAUCUUGGACUUAUUUGAAAAUAACCGGACGCUGCUCAGGUUCAAUGCCGCACUGAGGAAGCUGCUCAUUAUCUUCCCCCAUUUCUGCCUGGGCCGGGGCCUCAUUGACCUGGCGCUGAGCCAGGCCGUGACAGACGUCUAUGCCCGGUUUGGUGAGCAGCACUCUUCAAAUCCCUUCCAAUGGGACCUGAUUGGGAAGAACCUGGUUGCCAUGGCGAUAGAAGGGGUGGUGUACUUCCUCCUGACCCUCCUCAUCCAGCAACACUUCUUCCUCACCCGAUGGAUCGCAGAGCCCACUAAGGAGCCCAUAGUUGAUGAAGACGAUGAUGUGGCUGAAGAAAGACAGAGAAUUAUUAGUGGGGGAAAUAAAACUGAUAUCUUAAGGCUACAUGAACUAACAAAGGUUUAUUCCGGCACCUCCAGCCCCGCGGUGGACAGGCUGUGUGUCGGAGUCCGCCCAGGAGAGUGCUUUGGCCUUCUGGGAGUGAAUGGUGCCGGCAAAACAACCACAUUCAAGAUGCUUACUGGGGACACUUCAGUAACCUCAGGUGACGCCACCGUAGCAGGCAAGAGUAUUUUAACCAACAUUUCUGAUGUCCAUCAAAAUAUGGGCUACUGUCCUCAGUUUGAUGCAAUUGAUGACCUGCUCACAGGGCGAGAACAUCUUUACCUUUAUGCCCGGCUUCGAGGUGUGCCAGCUGAGGAAAUUGAGAGGGUUGCAAACUGGAGUAUUCAGAGCCUCGGCCUCUCUCUCUACGCGGACCGCUUGGCCGGCACGUACAGUGGGGGCAACAAGCGGAAGCUCUCCACAGCCAUGGCGCUGAUCGGCUGCCCGCCGCUGGUGUUGCUGGAUGAGCCCACCACAGGGAUGGACCCCCAGGCCCGCCGCAUGCUGUGGAACACCAUCGUGAGCAUCAUCAGGGAAGGGAGAGCUGUGGUCCUCACAUCCCACAGCAUGGAGGAAUGUGAGGCCCUGUGUACCCGGCUGGCCAUCAUGGUGAAGGGCGCCUUCCAGUGCCUGGGCACCAUUCAGCACCUCAAGUACAAGUUUGGAGAUGGCUACAUUGUCACAAUGAAAAUCAAAUCCCCGAAGGAUGACUUGCUUCCUGACCUGAACCCCGUGGAGCAGUUCUUCCAGGGGAACUUCCCGGGCAGUGUGCAGAGGGAGAGGCACUACAACAUGCUCCAGUUCCAGGUCUGCUCCUCCUCCCUGGCCAGGAUCUUCCAGCUGCUCAUCUCCCACAAGGACAGCUUGCUCAUCGAGGAAUACUCAGUCACACAGACCACGCUGGACCAGGUAUUCGUGAACUUUGCUAAACAGCAGACAGAAGCUCACGACCUUCCUCUGCACCCUCGAGCUGCAGGAGCCUCAGGAGCCAGACUGCAAGCCAAGAGAGCCCCGCACUUGCCAUGUCCUUGCCACAUCCCCAUCAUGUUCUUACCACGUGCCAGCCAACCCCACUAG